AUGUCCGACGAACGUCGCCCACGAUCGCGCUUCGACAGCGACGAACCUGAACGCCCCACACGCUCGCGUUUCGAUACGGAUCGUCGCUCGAGAUCGCCGUCGCGGAGAGAGUCUGAGUCGCAUCGUGAACGCAGCCCGGUAACUCGUGAGGCAACAGACAGCCCAUCAAAUGCUGGCACAAAGAACAAGGCAGCGGCUGCGGCGGCGGCAGCGGCUGCGAGGAUCAACGCGCAGAUCCAAGCGAAGAAGGGCAUCCAGCAUGUCGAUGUGCCGCCUAUUCGCUCUGUACAUUUUGUGUCAACUCCUCCAGUCGUCAAGUCGCCGUCUGUCAACCCUGGCCAAGCCGUAUCCAGCGAGAUCUACCAACAAGAUGGUGACUACAUCAAAGACAUUGAAAUCAACGAUCUCAGAAAUCGCUAUACUCUGACUAAAGGAGCUGUACAAAAAAGGAUUAAAGACGAUACUGGCGCCGAUGUCACCACUCGAGGAGAAUACUAUCCUGACAAGAGCAUGGCCACCGCUGCUAACCCACCUCUCUACCUUCGUGUUACUAGCACGUCCAAAGAAGGGCUCGAUACCGCUGUCAAGAUGAUCGAGGAGAUGCUGACACAGGAGCUGCCUAACCUGGUAGAUGAACGUCGCUUCCGUCGCCGUGAACCCGAGAACUUCGAGCGCGAUGAGUUUGGUCGCCGCAAAUGGCCGGAAGAGAAGCUUUCGGUAGGUCUGGAACCUAUCAGUGGCUUCAACUUGCGAGCACAGGUUGUUGGCCGUGGAGGCGACAACGUCAAGUACAUCCAGCAAGAAACUAGCUGCAAGGUUCAGAUCAAGGGCCGCGGAUCAGGCUUCAUGGAGCCCCAGUCCGGCCAAGAGAGCGACGAGCCUAUGUAUCUUCACAUUGCUGGACCUCGCCCAGAAGGCGUAGCCAAGGCUAAAGAGCUUUGCAAUGAGCUGCUUGAGAAGGUGAAGGCUGAUUACCAGGCGUUUAAGGAUCGCCCACCACCAAACCGAUACGGUGACAGGGACAGCUACGGCGGCGGACGAGGCUAUGGCGAUCGUGGCGACAGGGGUGAUCGCGGCGAUCGUGGUGAUCGGGAUCGAAACCAGAGCUACGGAGGAUACGGCGGUGGAGGUGGCUAUGGGGGCAGCGGUUACGGUGCACAAAACGGCGCUGCUGACACUUCCGCUACUCCUGUUGGCGCCACAGAUCCGAACGCUCAAGCUGCUGACUACAACGCUCAGUAUGCCCAGUGGGCGGCUUACUAUGCCGCCAACCCAGCCGAAGAUCCAUAUGCUGCAUAUGGCGGCUUCGCAGCAGUCAUGGCUCAGUACUCACAAGGCUACGGACAGUACUACGGUCAAGCUUACCCAACCGGACAGACGCAGUCUCCUGCACCUGGCGCUGGAGCUGCAGCACCACCUCCUCCUCCCGCCGAGCCUGCAGGCUAUGGAGCUCCUCCACCACCUCCUCCUCCACCCGCUGGCUCGCCAGGAGCUGGCUAUGGUGCAGUUCCUCCUCCACCAGGCUUAUCGAAGAUUUUUCGUCCUUCCGACUCCUCAGGCGCUGUAAGCGCGGGUCAUGUAAUUGUUUUGGUUUCGGCAUUGGCAACGCACAGUCUCAGCAAAUCCCUGGGCCAGGCUUGCGGCCUAGUAUAG